AAAAAAUAAAUGUGCAUUUUAUAUCGAACUAAUAAUUUGCUUAUGUGCGGGAUCUUUAAUACAUUAUGUUUAAUAUAUAGUAAAGUACCAAGACAAUCAUUAACACUGGAUAUGUAAUAAAUAGUAUUUAAAUUAAUUAUUGUGAUUUGACAAAAAUAAUGGUGUGAGAAAAAUGAAUAAAGCAAACCUUGUUAUUAUACACAAAUAUAUGCAGAUUGGAUAAUGUUGAAGAUCUGAUAUACGUACGGUGCAAAUGCUUGCGAAACCGGAUUUGAUUAAUAAACAACGGGAAGCGGAAAUUCGAGUAUUCGUGAUCCGUCAAAUUAAUAAAUAUCAACAAUAGAUAAACACUCACAUUUCCAGUUAAUGCUAAAAAUUAUGAUGCAAAUCUAAAGUUAUGAAUAACAUUUAUGUAUCUGUUUGUGUUUACUAAGUGUCGUUUGUUUCUAAUACAACGGAUUAAAGUAAGCAGAUAAAUGUAUUUUACUAGGAUAUUUUUAGGUAACUGAAGAAUCGAGAAAUACAUUUAGUAUAGAAGGAAAACAAAAAAUUAUUGUGAAGUAAAUUUAAAGGUGCACAUAUUGUAACACGAAAUACCUUAUUUCCAGUAUGCGGCCUUGAUAUUCCCCAGUGACUUUCAAACACAAAUAAACUGGACUGUACAGCGGUUUAACACAAAUGCAAUACAAUACACUUAUGCGUUAGCGAUGUACAUAAUGUACAAACAAUGACGGACAAAUUAUUAAAUGACUCGAUAUCCGAUCUUGACAUUCUUCGCCAAUCCCUUGGACCUCGCUACCAGGACACGUGGUCACUCGUGGUCCUGUUGACCAUCUAUUGCGUCAUCUUUAUUUCCGGUACGGUCGGGAAUGUGUGCACGUGCAUCGUGAUCAUCCGCAACAGCUACAUGCAGACGGCCACAAACUACUAUAUCUUCAGUUUGGCGAUAUCCGAUGUAUUGAUUAUAAUUUUAGCGCUACCGCCAGAGGCUUACUCCAUUUAUGAGUCCUACCCAUGGCGAUUCGGGGAAAUAUUCUGCUACAUCAAGUCUCUCCUACAAGAGAUGACCUCGUACGCGUCCGUACUGACCAUCACUGCAUUUACGGUGGAGCGCUACGUCGCAAUAUGCCACCCCUUGAAAGCUCAUAAAUUCGCAAGCCUAUCUCGAAGUAUAAAAAUCAUCAUCGCCAUAUGGACGCUGUCGCUGCUGUGUGCGUUGCCAUACCCGCUACGUACGGAACUAUUUUAUUACACCGGCGGUUCAAACCACAGCGGUACUCCGCUGCCGGAGUCUCUAAUUUGCAAUAUACCAGAAAAGUAUCAUCCCACCAUGGUGUACAUUUUCCAGUUGUCAACGUUUCUUUUCUUCGUAUUCCCACUCGCAAUUAUUUGCGUUCUUUACAUACUGAUAGCUAUAUCACUCCGUCGGGCGGCACUUCAGAGGGUGGCAUCCCAGGAGACCAAAUCCAACAGCGCUACUCAAGUGAGCCAGUCUGGAAAAUCUGUGUUCAGAAUGCUUAUCGCUGUGGUGGUGGCAUUCUUCACGUGCUGGGCUCCGUUCCACGCGCAGCGUCUGCUCACUAUCUACAACAAAAACUGGACCCCGCUGCUGCUCCAUUUACAGAGCGCUUUAUUCUACAUAUCAGGUGUCUUGUAUUUCGUCGGGUCAAUCGUGAAUCCGAUACUGUACAACGUAAUGUCCAAGCGGUACAGAGAGGCAUUCAAAGAAACCAUUUGUCACUGCAGAAGAAAACGAACUUUGACAUUGAGAAAUAGUAGCAUUCACCAGUCGUAUUACUGCAGCGGCAAAUUCUCGCGACCGCCAGGUAGAUCCAUAGUACGCCGAACGGAUAUUCCCGUAAAAAAACUCGUGAGGAGAUCGGACACCAUACAAACACAGUUUAGUCUUUCAUUAAACGGUAACAGUGAGUUUGAAGGUGUUGAUCCUGCCACAGAGCUUCUAUUAGUGGUGACCACGCCUCUGGAAACGCCCACUGAGCAUGAGGACCACAGGGAACUCCGGAAGUGUUGGGCGGCAACCCGCCACAAAACAGCCUGUUGUAGUGCUUGUGCGGCAGACACCGUGGACCCUUGUUCCGUUCAUUAUUGUGAAUCGCACGAUUUGUUGAACCAUUCGCUGUCUGACGAAAGCGCGUGUUGAACGUUGUGCAUAAAUGAUAUCAAAGAUGCCAUUUUUUUAAAUACUGUAUGUAAAUUUAAAAUGGAAUGGCCAUCCCUGUUAUUUAACUAUGUAUCGAAAAAGUUGAUUUGUAAACGUUAGAGUUGGGUGCUCUGCAACGAAAUCAUAAAACAGUUAUUUUGAAAUAUCAACACAAUUUCUUUGAAAUAUGCACUCUUAUUUAGUUUGAUUAUAUUAAAGUGAAUGACAUUACACUUUAAUUUGCUGUACUUCUUUGAAAUAAACUUGCGGAAGUAUACUACCAU